AUGCCCAACCAGAAGAGCAACAAGGGGAAGAGAAACAAACGCACUAAUAGUAGUGGAGACGAACAAGAAAAUGGAGCCUCUGCUGCUGCAACAGGAGGCGCACAGGGGGUGGCUACAGCGUUAUUAGGAGCCACUGCUGCUCCACUGAGCGAGAACAGAAGUGAGGCUCCAUGUGCCACUCCGCUGGUUUGCAGUUUAGGCCGUGCCGUCGACCUUGAGAAGGAUGACUAUCAGAGAGUGAUUUGCAACAGUGAAGUCUGCCCUUAUGGCAACUGGAUGCACCUGCAGUGCUUCUAUGAGUGGGAGAGUAGCAUUCUUGUGCAGUUCAACUGUAUCGGCCGUGCCCGCAGCUGGAAUGAGAAGCAGUGCCGCCAAAACAUGUGGACCAAGAAGGGUUACGACCUGGCCUUCCGCUUCUGCUCGUGCCGCUGUGGCCAGGGUCAUCUCAAAAAGGACACAGACUGGUACCAGGUGAAGCGCAUGCAGGAUGACCGAAAGAAAAAGGCAGCACCCGACAAGGGCACAGGGAAAUCCAACAGCGCCAGUGGCGGCGGUGGUUCCUCCUCUGGAGGAUCUGGGGAACCGUCAGAUGAACCCAAGAAAGGGAAGUCAUCUGGUGGCUCAAAACUCUCCCAUCGGGGCUCCAGCCAGGAGCUGCCCCGUAGACAGUCUGUAGACUGGCAAAACUCUCAUGAGAAGGCCCAUGGUGGCUCUGUGGGCCCUCGUUCUCCCUGUGACUCCCCAGCCCAGUCGCCUCCAUCUGGCUUCUCUUUCUUCUCCCCCCAGUCCUUGGCGGGACCACGUGGUACGCGACACCUCGGUGAGUUCCUGAGAAACGCUGUGCACAUGGAGGGUCACAAGAAGCCGCUGUUGUCAAGCGGAGUGGGGGGGCGUGGGGGUCACAUGGACCAGGGGGCUGCUGGCCUGGCUGUCUUACCCCGUUUGUCCCCUGGGGACAAUCCAGUCCAGUUCUUGCGGAGGCUGGACCUCUCUGAGCUGUUGACACACAUCCCCCGGCACAAGCUGAACACCUACCACGUCCGUAUGGAGGACGACGCCCAGGUGGGCCAGGGAGAGGACCUGAGGAAGUUCAUCCUCUCUGCUCUGAGUGCCAGUCAUCGAAAUGUGGUGCACUGUGCCCUGUGUCACCGGACCCUGCCCAUCUUUGAGCAGUUCCCCUUGGUGGACGGCACACUCUUCUUAAGCCCAUCACGCCACGAUGAGAUUGAGUAUGAUGUGCCAUGCCACUUACAAGGACGACUGAUGCACCUGUAUGCCAUCUGUGUUGACUGUCUGGAAGGUGUGCAUAAAAUCGUAUGUAUCAAGUGCAAGUCCCGUUGGGACGGAAGCUGGCACCAGCUGGGCACCAUGUACACCUAUGAUAUACUGGCAGCUUCACCCUGUUGUCAGGCCAGGCUGAACUGCAAACACUGUGGAAAGCCGGUCAUCGACGUGCGUGUGGGCAUGCAAUAUUUCUCAGAGUACAGUAACGUACAGCAGUGUCCCCAUUGUGGGAACCUGGACUAUCACUUUGUAAAGCCAUUCUCUUCGUUCAAAGUACUUGAGGCCUAUUGACAAAUGUUAACAUUGCAUGCUAGUAUUCUUUCUCUUCUG